CGAAGAAGAAGAAGAAGAAGAAAAAGAAUUUGGGUGAAAGUUCACGUUCGUUGACGUUAAGUUGCUAUUACGCGGUCAGUAGCGAACAGGACGUGUUGCCCUUCGUUGGUUUAAUAUACUGUAAGAGUUAAAUAAUAAUGGCGCUCUUAAGAGGAGUCUUUAUUGUUUCAGCUAAGAGAACACCCUUUGGAACAUAUGGUGGUGUUCUUAAAGACCACAGUGCUACGGACUUGGCUGAGCAUGCUGCUAAAUCCGCCCUUGUUGCUGCAAAUGUAUCUCCAGAAAUAGUGAACAGUGUUAUCAUGGGUAAUGUCAUGCAGAGCUCCGCGGAUGCUCCUUACAUUGCCCGUCAUGUAGGCCUCCGGUGCAGCGUACCAAUAUCGGUUCCCGCUCUGACUGUGAAUCGCCUUUGUGGAUCUGGGUUCCAGUCCAUAAUCAGCGGAGCUCAGGAGAUCUGCCUGAAAGAGUCAGAAGUUGUGCUCUGUGGAGGGUCAGAGAGCAUGAGCCAGGCCCCUUACGCUGUCCGUAACAUUCGUUUCGGCACCAAGUUUGGCACUGACAUGAAGCUUGAGGACACACUAUGGGCAGGACUUACAGACCUUCAUAUAAAAACUCCAAUGGGAAUCACAGCAGAAAAUCUUGCAGAAAAAUACCAGAUAACACGAGAAGAUUGUGACCAGUAUGCCUAUCAGACACAGCAGAAGUGGAAAGCUGCUCAUGAGGCCAACUUCUACAAUGCUGAAAUUGCACCUGUUGAUGUAAAAUCCAAGAAAGGGAAAGCAGCUAUGACCCAAGAUGAACAUCCUCGUCCACAAACUACACUGGAGCAAAUGGCGAAGCUGCCACCUGUGUUCAAGAAAGGUGGCACAGUCACUGCUGCCAAUGCGUCAGGUGUAUCAGAUGGAGCUGCAGCUGUGGUGAUAGCUAGCGAGGAUGCUGUUAAGGAGCACAAACUUACUCCACUGGCUAGAAUCGUAGGAUAUCACAUCUCAGGCUGUGACCCUACAAUAAUGGGCAUUGGUCCCGUACCUGCUAUAACAGAGGCUCUAAAGAAAGUGGGGCUCACUCUGAAUGACAUGGACUUGGUAGAGGUGAAUGAAGCGUUUGCUUCCCAGUAUCUAUCAGUUGUUAAAGCUUUAGGACUGGACCCAGAAAAGACUAAUGUCAAUGGUGGAGCCAUCGCACUCGGCCACCCACUUGGAGCCUCUGGUGCCAGAAUCACUGGACACUUAGUUCAUGAGCUCAGGCGAAGAGGUGGCAAGUAUGCAGUGGGAUCAGCCUGUAUUGGUGGUGGCCAAGGCAUUGCAUUAAUUUUGGAAAAUACCCAAUAAACAAAAAGAAAAAAUGCAUACAAAAAGAAAAAUCUCAACAAAUACAGGAACACUCAUCUGAGCCUUUAAAUUGUUUAACUCAUAAACUUUCUUUGGUCAAGUUCUUUUAAUGAUAAUUAUAUUAAUAUUAAUUAUAAAUAUCAUGGUAUGGAUGGAUGGAUUCAAUGGAAAAUUGAUUUAAAAUGUGGAAUAAGUCUCCAUGUAUGGACAAAUCUUCAUGUUACACAGAAUUCCUAGCAGAAUGCAUGACUUACAUUAAAGAGUGUGCUAAGUGAUAGUCACUGUAUUAAAGUAUAUUACUUAUCAGAAUUGUGUAAUAAAAAAUAAACAUGUGUUCAGUCAUAUUUUUUAAGGUCCAGAUACAAAUCUGCUAUGUGCAGCACCUGAUUGUGGUUUAUACACUGCCUCAAUAUUUCACUAUUAAACUUCCUUGGACCACCUUUUGCUUGAA